AUCAAGGAGACAGAGAAGCAGAGCAUUUUUUUUCCAAUAAUUCCAACUCUACCCUCCCCUGCAUCAUUCUCAGGUCUCAGCACUGCUCAAAGAACUUCGCGCCACCGGUAUAAAUUCCAUGGAGCCGCGCCUCCAUCCGUUCCAACCUCCAACUCCAUCUCUAAUCCCAGUAGCACGGCCUCUUCUUCUCCGUCUUGUACAUCUACGUCGCCCCGGCUAACAACCGGCGUCGACAACCUCCUGGCCCGCCGUGCCAUGACCACACAGCGAAACCACCACCGAGCAGCAGCGGAAGAAUUCCCGCUUCACUCGCCGGGCUCCUCCACCGGAUCCGCCGACUCCGCGCCCUGGCACCACCGCGCCCCGGCCACGCCGCCACCUGUGCUUCCGUUCGACACCAGCGACGCCGACGAGAUGCUCCUGCUCAACAUGCUCUCCCAGCACCGCGAGGUCCAGCAAGCCGCGGCCGCGGCCGCACCGACGACGGCGCCGGUGAAUCAAGAGGCCGAUGAGGAGGACAAGGUGGCACUAGGUGUGGAUCGCGCGUUCCGCGGAGUGCGGAAGCGACCGUGGGGCAAGUUCGCGGCCGAGAUCCGGGACUCGACGCGCAACGGCGUGCGGGUCUGGCUGGGCACGUUCGACAGCCCUGAAGCUGCGGCGCUGGCGUACGACCAAGCUGCGUUCGCCAUCCGCGGCGGCGCCGCCGUGCUCAACUUCUCGGCCGACCAGGUCCGGCGCUCUCUCGAGGGCGCCGCUGACGACGUUUGCGGCCGUGCCCAUGGCGUAUCGCCCGUGCUCGCACUCAAGCGGCGGCACUCCAUGCGUAGCCGGAAGGCCACAGCGGUGAGCAAGAAGGCAAGGGCCGCGCGUGGCCAGCCAGAGGGCGUGGUGAUGGAGCUUGAGGACCUGGGUGCGGAGUACCUCGAGCAGCUGCUUGGCGCCUCCGAGGACACGGCGUCCAUGUCUUCAUGGUGCUGGAGCCACCACUCCAUCUGAUGCAAGUCAAGCACUCAGGCGUGAAGACGACGGAUGGGUCGCUCGCUGUUUUUCUUUCUUAUAUCUUUUCUUAUCAUUCAUGGUGAUAGAAUUCAGAUAGCUUCGUUGGGAUUGAGAAAACCAUUUGUGAAAUCGAUGGCUGAGCAGGUUUGGAAGGGCAAAAUAUUUUGGUUUGAAUCAUGUCAAAAUGAAUGGUUGUGAAUAGUUCACCAGAUGCCUCGCGUAUCUCACAUCUUACAUUCUUAACAAGCUAAUCCCCGCUACUACCAAUUCUCUCAGCAUGCAUACUCUCCACAUCAU